AUUCGAAUUCACGUGAAUUUAACGCUACUACUAAUGAAAGUGAAAGUUCCCAAUCUGAUGAUAGUGAAGCUAACAUCGCUGGGAAAAAUAAUGAACCUCCAUGCGAAGCUUAUCACCAUUCUCUUCUGAUGAAACAACUGGUUGUUUUAAGCGAAAGAUGA